GGGGGCGUAGCUGUGGAAACACGAGUGGCACCUACUACGCAGGCGCCCUCCGCGCUCCCCGUCACGUGAGAAGACACAGAAUGUCACGUGAAGCAGGCGGAGAGCUGGCUGGCGGCCGGGCGGGGCGGGAUUCGGCCGAGCGCGGCGAGGACCCGAGAGCGGCCGCUGACUGGACGAAACUCAACAGGGUUGGAUAGCCAUGCCUAAGUACUGCAGGGCUCCGAACUGCUCCAACACUGCGGGCCGACUGGGCUCCGACAACCGCCCUGUGAGCUUCUACAAGUUCCCCCUGAAGGAUGGUUCACGGUUGCAGUCCUGGCUCCGGCACAUGGGUUGUGAGCACUGGGUGCCCAGCUGCCACCAGCAUUUAUGCAGCGAGCACUUCACACCCUCCUGCUUCCAGUGGCGCUGGGGCGUGCGCUACCUGCGGCCCGAUGCGGUGCCCUCCAUCUUCUCCCCGGCGCCGCCGCCGGCUCAGAGCCUGGGGAGGCCCCGAAGCGCCGAGAAGCCGGUCGCAUCGCCCCUUCCUCCCACACAGGAGGCUGUGCCCGCUCCCGGGGAACCCGCCGCCGCCGCCUCUGGCCCAGUGCACCUAGUGGUGUUGGGGCCCACCUCCCGGGACUCUUCAGCCGCGGCCACCCUGUGCUUGACUCCGUUUCCCCUUUCGCCUGCCACAGUGGGGCCGCGGCCCGGAGUUGCCUCCCAGUACCCGAGGACCGGGCUGGGCGCGGCACUCGAAGCCCUGCAGCGCCGUGUGCAUAGGCUGCAGCUGCGGCAGGAGAGGCACCAGGCACAGCUGCGGGCUCUGGAACAACUGGCGCAACAGCUGUGCAGGGAGAACCUGCGGGUCUGGGCCCGGGUGCCGUUGCAUGUGGUGAGUGUGGCCCGGGGCUUGGGACCGGCCCACCCCGCACAACCUGAAGAAUCCCGAACUUUCACCAUCAUCUUCGGAGGGUCUGACAUUGCUGUGGUCCUUGCCCAGGGGCCUGCCCCUGCCACACCGGAUGUCAAGCCUGAGCUCCUGGAAACCGGGGCACCCAUUGGAUAGAGACCAAGUGGACAAUGUCAAGGGACAGAAGAUAGAAGAAGAGAGGCUUCAAACUUGGGCAUUUUCCAGCCUCACUGCCUGGCGAGAACCAGUGCCACUCCCAAGUGCCUGGGUCCCACUCCCCACUCCUAGUGGUCCCCCUAACUUCAUGACUGACCUGGGCCCGAAUCCCCCACUGGCCCUCAUCUCCCUACCUACCUGGCCCCUGCCAUCUGCACCUCAGAUCUUUGCAGUCAGGAAAGCCCCCUCAGAGAAGAACAAGGGUCUUGUGUCUGGGGAGUGCUGUACCUGGUUCUGACGAGCCCAGGCACCCAGUGCCAAGCAUGCCGCUGAGUUGAGGACACAGCAGUGGAACAGCAACAACCAUCCCUGCCCUCGUGGUACUCACAUCCUGCUUGAGUUAAAGGUGAACUAGUAAACCAAUAAACCACAUAGCUUUAGCCUUUGAUAAGUGUUAUAAAGACUGAAUAAAAAUAUGAUUGAGAGGAGGAAAGGGAGAGGGCUGUCUAAGGAGGCAGCAUUUGAGCAGAAACCUGGAUGAUGAGGGGCUGGUGUAGAGGGAGCAUGGCCAGUGCUCCAAGAACAGUGCUGUAGUGGCCCUACCAUCUAGGGAAGAGAUGGUGAACCUUCUAGAGACCGAGUGCCCAAACUGCAACUCAGAACCCGCUCAUUUAUCACACAGUGCCAACACUGCAAUUAAACCUGAAUGCUCACUGCUGGGAAGACUUGGUUUGUGUGCCAACAGAGGGUGUGCUAUAGAUUCACCACCACUGAUCUAGAGCAUCAGAGCAAGGAGGGUGGCAUUGCUCUGAAGAAAAGUGGAGUGGGGUAGGGUUCAACUUUAGAUAUGGAGAGCAGGGAAGGUGUCACUGAAAAAAGGGGAGAAAGGGAACCAUGCAGAUGUCUGGAGGAAGAACCUUCCAGGCAGAAGGAACAGCUAGUGCAAAGGCCCUGGGUUAAGGAAGAGGGAGGCCAGCAUGGCCAGAAUGAAUGGAAGGAAAAGUCAGAGGAGAGGUGGCAGGGACAAGUUCAUGAAGAGCCUUGUGGGCCAUGGCUGAGAGCGCUGGCUUUUCCCUGGAGUGCAGUGUAGAAAGCAGCUUCUGCUGAGUUGGAGGAGCCUGGUGUGACAGGUGUUAACAGACCCCUGUGGCUGGAAUGUUGGGAGUAGACUGGGCUGGAGAGGGGUGGGUGGGGAAGCAGGGAGAACAGAGAGGAGGCCACUGCCACAGCCCAGGUGAGAGAAGAUAAAGGACAGAGCAGGGCAAGGUGGUGCUCCCUAUAAUCCCAGCACUGUGGAAAGGCUGAAGCAGAAGGGCUGCAAGUUUGAGUUGUGCCUGGGCAACUUAGUGAGACCCUGUCUCAAAAAUUUAAAAAGGGGGCUAGGGGGCCGGGGAUUUAGCUCAGUGGCACCGCACCUGGCUCACAAGUACAAGGUCAUGAGUUUGGUCGCUGGUACCAAAAAAAAAAAAAAAAGGGCUAGGAAUGUAGCCCAGUGGAACAGCAUCCCUGAACUUGAUCCUCAAUACAAAAAAAAAAAAAA